AUGAGAGCUUGCCAAUUUCUUUUAUUAUUAUUUGUGUGCACCGAUUUUAUUUUUGGUACUGAAGACACAGAAGAUGAGGAGACCAGGAAGAGGAUACUGGACCAAUUAACAAAGACACGUACUGUGUUAUUAGAUGAUUACCAUUUGGUUACUAGGCAGGUUGCCACUGAUGUAUAUAUGUUUAGAAGUUACCGCACCGUUUCUGUUGUCUUCUACCCUGUUAUGAGGGAUGUUACCGACGCUCGCUUCACCUUCCAAUCUGAGGAGCUUCAUUUGAAUAACAUUGGAUCAUGCAAUCCACAAGAGGUGAUAGUAAACCUCAAGCACGGGUCCUACCCUGCGGUUAAUCCUGAUGGGUACGAUUUCCCCAAAGAUUUCUACGAUCCAGGGAAAAGAGAGCCCAUUUAUACGCUAGAACUGCUAUCUGACGGCAGAAAUAAGACGUAUUCUAUAGAGAACCCUAAGCCAGGUAACUGGUACGCCUUGAUUUAUAUAAAAUGGGAGGAUCCGAGGACGCAAAAAGUUGAACAACAAGGUCUCGUCGCGAACUGCCAGACGAUACUGUACUCAGAUUUACAAGUAAAACGCAAUGACAACAUCGAGUUGAUAGAUUGUUAUAAUGGUGUAACAGAGAUAAAUUACGGCGACUUGCCCGCUCUCUUCAAAUGUAUGUCCGUUGACAGAGUCGACCCGAUUGCUCUCAAUAUCUCGAUAGUCAACACUUCCGUAGGGGACAACGAACUGUUCUUUAGAGUACAGGCCCUAUCUAUACCGACAGUUGAGGAAAACAUCAUACACUGUGCUUUCAACCCAAGAGCAAACAAUUUUCAAACUAUCACGUUCAUCCCUCACCCGAACGCCUGGCACUACAUCCACAUAGGACCUAUAGAUGGCAAUUCAUCCAGUAUCGCCGACUGCGAAUCUUAUUUCUUGAGAACAGACAUAGACGAGCUAGUUAACCACACCGUUACAGACUUUAUGCGAGACGACAAAGGUCGAUUUUUCACUUUCGACUACGGUGUGCCCACAACAGACAUCCAAGACACAACGAGCCUCAUCAAUCUAACUUCGUCUGAAAUAAAGACGUUUAGGUUUAAAAUCAAUCAGUUUUUAGACAUUGGAGGCAGUCUAUCAAUAGCGACGAGUCUUCUUAUGAAUGUUAAGUACUACAUGGGAUACAAGAGGGAGGCAGAAAAGGAAACAUUGUUAGCCUUUACUGAGGAUAACCAGUUUUUCAAGGUCGUGGUUUGUGUGGAUAUUGGUCACCCAAGUAUACCAUUGGAGAGUGGUCAUUGCCGGUACAAUGACAGGGUGACGCCGGCUUUGUUUGUGUUGAAUAGUACGGACUCGGACUCGAUAUACGACAAGACGUUAAUUCCGUUCCCUGAUAGUGGAACUUGGUACGUAACUCUUCGGUUGUUCUGCGACCAGAUUGUUUGUCCUUGCCGAAUUGGGGCUAACAAUACGAAGUAUUAUGUAGAUGCUGAUGGGAAGAAGGAAUUUGAUGAUUCAGUAGUUGGGACGAAUGAGACUCGUCUGGGUACGACAGAGUGCAAUGCAACCGCCGUAUUGACGGUUUCCUCAACGUCUUGUGUCUCUGGGAAGUGCAGUAACCAUGGCAACUGUUUGGUUAACACGUUCGGAGCCCUGAUGAUGUCAUUUUGCUCAUGCGUUUCUGGAUACGGAAGUUGGGACUGUUCUGAUAACUCAAGAAUGGAUAGCAGAGCGUACAUGCUUCUUUCUGUACUACUCCUAACUCUGAGCAACAUUCUCUUCUUCUUCUCAAUUUACGUGGCGACGAUCCGACUGUACUACACGGAAGCCAUGAUGUAUGCCUUCACCAUGAUCUUCUCAACUUUCUACCACGCGUGCGACGCGCCUUCUCAAGUCGCCUACUGCAUCAUUAGAGGUAACAUCCUCCAGUUUGGAGACUUUUACUGCGGGCUCAUGUCUUUCUGGGUAACCUUACUUGCCAUGAGCAUUAUAAACGAGAGGAUACGUUCCUCACUACAACUUAUAGGUGCAAUAGUCAUAGCUUUACUUACAACUUGGAACAUGCACUCCUUCGUCUCCUUCCUACUCCCUGUCGCCGUCGGUACAUCAGUAGUCUUCAGUUCCUGGUACCUAGAUUAUAGAAAACAUAGGAGUCUCAAGUUCCCUAGGUCGUACUUCUUUAAACACAUGCCCAUAGGUUUAAUAUUAGUUACUGUAGGUUUAGUAUCAUACGGUUUCUUACAAACAGAACAAAAUUAUAAAAUUGUGCAUUCGCUGUGGCACAUGAUUAUAGCUUUAAGUGUUGGGUUCCUGUUACCCGAUGUGAAACGGGCGAAUGACGUCAACCCGUUCCUACCAAGCAGUGGUUACUACAAACUGCCUUUUCCCAGUAUAUUCCGUAGAUCUCCAGCGCCUAUAGCGAAUGAUUGA